UAAUCAGUAUUUUAUUUUUUCACCACACAUGAAAUACACUAAAUGCAUACGGAAUGUAAAAGGAAGCAAAAACGGAUAAUUGGAGGUGAAAGGAGUCGCGAAAACCAAAAUUGGUUAUCGAGCAGCGACACCUGAGCUAAAGUCUAAUAAAUGAAUCAUAAAACAAUGAAAAAAGUCAAACAAUGAAUAAAAGAAUAUAAAGAAGUGAAAAAUCGAGACGACCUGAAUCCACGAGACGCUCGAAACACAGAAAAGCAAAACUAAAAACGACUCCAAGCACAUAUGUGCGAGUAACUAUGGGAACGGCAGCAGGAAUGCAGUACAGUGCGAUGACAGGAUACCGAGCCGAUAUCGCAGCAUUAUGGAAUUGAUAGUUAUUUAAACAGAUUUUAAAUAUAUCCCGGUAGGGAUAUUAUGCCGAUAACACGGCGUAAUCAUAGUUAUAAAUGUUUGCCAAGAGUUCAAAUAAGAUUGCAAGUGCUGGGGUACUGUCGACUCUGGGAGGUUGUGGACCUAGUCAAGUAUUCUGCUGGCAGUGCCGAGGGAAAGUCAGUGAGCACAUCAAACAGAUGUGCUGGAGAAAGACAGGGAAUUUUGAGAUUUGCUCAGCGAAAAGCGAGGUACAAAAAGAUUGGAUUUGGUCGAAGAGCGUGUGUUGUGUUCAUGCACAGAGGUAAGCGAAACAAAAUAAUUGUCGAACGCUGUGGGCAAGUAAUUAUUCUGAAAUUGGUGCAUAACUUUGGCAAUCUCUAGAGUAUAAAUGUCGGAUAGUUUCAACACCCUGGUUUUAUGGUAAAGGGUGUUUAAGUUUGUACGAAUAGACGCUCUGGAGAGAGUUCUAACAGCUUUAUUCUGUAAGACCUCCAAUUUGUGAAUGUUGGUUUGUGUUGCAGAGCCCCAUGCAGUUAUAGCAUAUUGGAUGUGGGAUUGAAAAAGAGCAAAAUAAAUGGUUCGCAGGGUAGCAUCCUGCACAUAAUGCCUAAGUUUUCCCAAAAUCCCAACAGACCUUGACAAUUUCUUGUGCAUCUCGGUAAUAUGAGUGUUCCAUUUUAAGUUACUAUCUAUAUAGAGCCCGAGAUAUUUAAAGGAUUGAACAACUUCCAAAGCAACCCCCCUGAUUUUGAUUAACAUGUUGGAAUGUUUUUUAAUUGAUUUAGGACUGAAUAGCAUGACUUUAGAUUUUUUUACGUUCACAGUGAGUUUGUUGCAUAACAUCCACUCAAUUAUUUUAUCUAUUUCAGUGUUCAUAGUAUUUUGGAGCGUGGUUGAAUCUUUGGCACUGGCAAGCAAGCAAGCGUCAUCGGCGAAGAGUUUUGUUAAAAGAUU